UUCAAAACGAACCAAGGUCGACCAUCGACCUUUCUCUGUGACUACGAUCCGCGCACGACCUCUUCACUGCUCUGUAUCAUCUCUUUGCAUACCCUUCUGUACUCUAACAUGGAACAACUCACGAUGUCGCUCGCGCCUGCGCGCACUAGCCAAAAAUCCGCUGUUGCAGGGUCUGGUGGUGAGGGUGCUGGCAGUGUCACGAAACGGCUGAGCAGCGAGCUUAUGACUCUGAUGAUGUCUUCUUCUCCCGGUAUUUCGGCAUUCCCCAAGUCGGAUGCUAACCUGUUUGAUUGGGCGGGGACAAUUGAAGGGGCACCGAGUACGAUCUACGCUGGUCUGACCUUCAAAAUCUCCAUCUCUUUCCCGCCGAACUACCCAUACGCAGCUCCCGUGAUCAAAUUCGACACACCAUGCUAUCAUCCAAAUGUUGACAUAGUAGGAGGCGCGAUCUGCUUGGACAUUCUCCAGGACAAGUGGUCUGCUGUAUACAGCGUCCAGACGAUUCUGCUCUCCCUGCAAUCACUUCUUGGUGAACCGAACAAUGCGUCACCGCUCAACCCAGAUGCUGCUAACCUGUGGGACUCACCUGAAGAGUUCAAGGCGCAACUGAUGAAGCACUACCGUCCCCUUAACGAUGAGGGUUCCGCAUAGCGUGCACGGCUGCCUUCCCCAUUGCCUCAGGUUCAUGUAUCAUGCCCCAUAUCAGCCUCAUUGUUUUCCACAUUGCAUGUUUCUCCCGUCAUCGUUGGUAUUAGGACUUCAUUUGCAUCAUCGGAUUACGGUGCACCAUGUUACAUACAGGAAAAUACAUGCAUGCUAGUGCCCAUCCCACU